AUGGGGACCGAACGAUUAGGCAGGACCUCUGCACACGCCGCGAAGAGAAGCGAGCGCACCAAAUCCUUCGGUCGCUUGAAGGCCUCCAGAGUGGCGAAUGAAACGCUCCCGGACGGCGCAAUCCUCGCGGGGCUUUUGGUGUUCCGGGUCGUGAACGGCCUCGUUUUGAAGUCGUCUUUCAACCCCGACGAGCACUGGCAGUCCAGCGAAGUUGCACACCACCUCGUGUUUGGCUAUGGCUUCCUCACUUGGGAAUGGGAGCCGUGCAUUGCGCUGCGGAGUGUCGUUCACCCCGCCCUCUUUGCGGCGGUGUAUUGGCUGCUCGCGCGCGUUGGCCUGGACAGCCCGUCUCUCGUGGCUCUCGCGCCACGCGUUUUGCAGAGUAUUAUCGCUGCGUUCACUGACUACGGGACGUACAGGCUCGCCAAGGCCUGGUACCCUCUCUCCAGGGGCCCUGAAGGCCGGCGCUGCGACAACGCUGACACCUCCUCGCGGGCAACGCCUUAUUCUCUGGCCUACUUCGCCCUUAUCUGCUCUGUCUUCAGCUGGUUCAACUUCUUCUGCAUUCCUCGGACAUACUCGAACUGCCUCGAGGCUGCUCUGAACGUGUGGAGUCUGCUAUUCUUUGCAGAGGUCUCCGCGGCGGCGUACACGCAUGCGUUGAUCGCGUCCAGUGCCGAAGCGCCGAGGAGCCCCUCCGUAACUCCCAGGCAGCCGAACGGGGCUGACAAGUUCAGCAGGAGUGCGGUUUCCACUGGGGAGGUGCAACAGAGUGCUCCACAUAGAGUUUAUGCACACGACCUCCGGGGGCGGGCGCUACCUGAAAGCAAGAUGCGAUUCAGGCAUCGUUCGCGCAUUGCGUGGGCACUGGUGUUGGCUGCGAUCAGCGUGCUCGUGCGGCCGACGGCCGCGAUCUUCUGGUCAGUUUUCUGCUUAUGUAAACUGGCGCAGCUCUCCAGUAUCGGUACUCCAGAAAACAUGCGGAGGGAUCCUGCGGAGCGCCAGCGGCUCACACUUUUGAAACCCGCUAGUUUUUUCAGGCUGUGCGUCGUUAUUGGCGUGGCAGCAGUUACGUUUGGCGCUGUAUGUGACUCACUGUUCUACGGGUUCGUCACCUUCCCUCCCUGGAAUUUUGUGAAGUUCAAUCUUUUCUCUGACCCCGGGCGCUUUUAUGGAUCGCAGCCGUGGCACUAUUUUCUCUUGGAAGCGCCGGGAGUCGUUCUCCUAUCGUUUUAUCCAGUACUGGCUGUUGGCGUCACGGUCUGGUGGGCGGCGUUGGCAGCCACGCUUGGAAAGCCACCGGCACGGAAGGCUGCCUCAGGCGAAGCGUCAGCGCGCCCAAUCUGCUGUGUACCUUUCACACGGCUAGCACAGGGGUUCAUACUGAGGGAUGAUGGCGCCACGAUUCUCGCUACAGCAUUCUCACUGGUGUCGCUUUCGCUUGCAACGCACAAGGAAUACCGUUUCAUGGUGCCCUUUCUCCCCCCACUACUGAUUUUUACGGGUAUUGGCCUCGGCCGGAUCGUGGUUGGACGGGACGUCAUUCUUAGGCAGCUCGUGGUAUCUCCCUUGCAUCAAGAAACGCCCAGACAGUCGCCCGCCAAACCCCAUAGAGCUUCGGGGUGGCUGAAGUUCAGCCUGGGAGCGAUAUUUGCAGUCCAGGGCGUCGCAGCAAUCAUCUGCAGCUUCUUCCACCAAAUGGGGGCCUCAGGAAUUGUUGGUCGCCUCCAAGCCGUGCCCGAGACCGCCACUGUUUUUUUUCUGACAUCUUGCCACGAGCUGCCGUUCUAUUCCCAUGUGCAUCGCAGGAUCCGCAUGGGUUUCUUAGACUGUUCGCCACGGGUUGACGACGACAUGCUGCCAAUGAACUGGCAACAGAGAUUCUGGCGGGGAACGAAGGAGGAACGCGUCGCUUUUCUUGAUGCCCUAUUCCCUGUCCAUCCACAGGAGUCGGCUGUGGUCAGUCCAUCCCUUCCGCCCUCUGAUGCGUACUCUAAUGUGGAGAUAGCCAGCGAUCCCUGGACCAACUCGUGGUUCGGAAAUGCCAAGACCCGGCAAGUUAUGGCGCCGCAGAAUCCAGCAAAGUGUCUUGACUACCGCUUCUCCGUCCCUCUCGAGGCCCGGCGAGCGCCAACACAUUUGGUUGUGCCGAGCGUUCUGGUGGCUGACCUCGCAGAGUGGCUCGCACAGCGGGGCUAUGAAGAAGCUGGAGAUCCUGUAUUUGAUGCUGUAUUCGCUGAGACUCCGGCAGGAGAUGUAAGAUGGCAGUAUCUGCAUGUUUUCGAAAACCGAACGUAG